UCUCUCACUAGUUUAGCAUAUUCAGCCCGGUUGUUGGCCCGGAAAGAACCUGGAUUUUGGAGAUUCAGAAAAAUUGUGAAACAGUACCCUUAGCCGGAACUACCCCUAGUGGAAACGCAACCAAAAACAGGCCGAGUUUGGCACGGCACGCUUAAACCGUGGUACGCGCUGCAGUGGAAAUGCGCUAUUAGUAACCCCUCUGUGUCUGUGCUGCGAACAGAAGGCCAAGCUGGAGGCCAAGCUGCAUCAGACCACCUCUGCAGCCGCGUCUGCCUCCGGCGUGGGGACCAUCCACAACUGUGUGCCUUCCAACCCCUCCUCUGCCCCGGGAUUCUUCAUCCACCCCUCUGACGUCAUCCCGCCCACACCAAAAACGACGCCCCUCUUCAUGACCCCUCCUCUCACGCCGCCCAACGAGGCGGUGUCAGCGGCCUUCAGCGCUGAACUGGCUCACCUGUUCCCCGGUUCCAUGAUGGACCCCGGGCCCAUCAACCUGGCCGCGCACAAGAACACACAGAAAGCCAAGCUGAGCCCCAUGGGAAGUGGUCUGGCUCUGGCCAUCUCCCAGGCGUCUCACUUCCUGCAGCCUCCUCCACACCAGUCCAUCAUCAUAGAGAGGAUGCACUCUGGUAUGUCGUGGAUAAGUGGAGCUCGUCGCUUUGUGACGCUGGACUUUGGUCGUCCGGUGCUGUUGACUGACGCUCUGAUCCCGACCUGCGCCGACCUGGCCUCUCUGUCCAUCGACAUCUGGACUCUGGGGGAGGAGGUGGACGGGCGCAGGCUGGUGGUGGCCACCGACAUCAGCACCCACUCCCUCAUUCUGCACGACCUGCUGCCCCCACCUGUCUGCAGGUUCAUGAAGAUCACUGUGAUCGGGCGCUACGGCAGCACCAAUGCUCGGGCAAAGAUCCCGCUGGGCUUUUACUAUGGACACACGUACAUCCUGCCCUGGGAGAGUGAGCUGAAGUUGAUGCACGAUCCUCUGCAGGGAGAGAGCGAGGCCGCCUGUCAGCCAGAUGUUGAUCAGCAUCUGGCCAUGAUGGUGGCGCUGCAGGAGGACAUCCAGUGCAGAUACAACCUAGCUUGCCAUCGGCUGGAGACGCUUCUGCAGAACAUCGACCUGCCGCCUCUCAACAGUGCUAACAAUGCUCAGUACUUCUUACGGAAGCCAGACAAGGUGGUGGAGGAGGACCAGCGUGUGUUCUCCGCCUACCAGGACUGCAUCCAGCUGCAGCUGCAGCUCAACCUGGCUCACCAUGCAGUGCAGCGGCUGCGGGUCUCCCUGGGGGCCAGCCGCAGGUCGCUCCCCACAGCCGGGGCCCCGGAGGUCCAGGAGCUGGUCCACAACUCCUCCACAGAGCAGCUGAGGACCAUCAUCCGCUACCUGCUGGACACACUGCUCAGCCUGCUGCACUCCAACAACGGUGAACAAGCGUGAUCAAAACAAAUCUUAUUUGUUUCUUUAUAUUUACUUGUGUAUACAGUAGACCAG